GGAGUAACUUCCUCAAAACUCCAGCAUAUAAAGAGGUCGUCCACUAACCCAGUUUCAAACCAACAUUCACCUUUUGUUCUGAACUUCUGGAAUUCAGGGCAUAAUGCAUGCAUUUGCUGGAAUCACCCUGCUUGUGGUGGUGUGGAGUGGACUAGCUCACACUCUGGAGAACCUCACACUCGAUGAAGCAUGGGAGAACUGGAAACUCACCCACAAGAGGGAGUACAAUGCCCUGGAUGAAGAGUCUAUUCGACGGGCGAUUUGGGAGAAGAACAUGCAGUUUAUUGAGGCCCAUAACAGAGAGUACGAACUGGGGAUUCAUACCUAUAAUCUGGGCAUGAACCAUUUUGGAGAUAUGACACUAGAAGAAGUGGCAGAGAAAGUCAUGGGACUUCAAAUGCCCAUGUUCCGGGACCUAACUAACACAUAUGUGCCUGAGGACACAGUGGAGAAGUUGCCCAAAUCAAUUGACUACCGCAAACUGGGAUACGUAACCUCUGUCAAGAACCAAGGUUCUUGCGGCUCAUGCUGGGCCUUUAGCUCUGUUGGGGCUUUGGAAGGUCAGCUGAAGAAGACCAAAGGUCAGCUGGUGGACCUCAGUCCUCAAAACCUGGUGGACUGUGUGACUGACAAUGAUGGCUGUGGUGGAGGAUAUAUGACAAAUGCCUUCAGAUACAUCAAAGACAACCAUGGCAUUGAUUCAGAGGAGAGCUAUCCCUAUGUUGGAAUGGACCAGCAGUGUGCCUAUAACAGCUCAGCAAGAGCGGCCAGUUGUAAAAGGUAUAAAGAGAUUCCUGAGGGAAAUGAGAAGGCACUGACUGCUGCCGUGGCAAAGGUGGGACCUGUAUCAGUGGGUAUAGAUGCCAUGCAGUCCACCUUCCUGUACUACAAAAGCGGUGUGUACUUUGAUCCCAACUGCAACAAGGACGAUGUCAACCAUGCAGUUCUAGCUGUUGGUUACGGAGUCACGCCGAAAGGGAAAAAGUAUUGGAUUGUGAAGAACAGUUGGGGUGAAGAGUGGGGGAAGAAGGGGUACGUCCUGAUGGCUCGUGACCGUAACAAUGCAUGUGGCAUUGCCAGCCUGGCCAGUUUCCCUGUCAUGUGAGAGCUGGAAGUACGGAGCUCACAAGGGACCAAACUUGUCUACUGCUGACCAAUGACAAAAGGGACUCAAUCACUAUCAGUGUGCUCCAACAUUAAAUAAUGAUUGGGGAAACAGUCUUUAAAUGAAGCAGUUGAUUUGAAUACCACAAGUUUAAGUGCAUUUUCCUCUUGUGUUCUAGAUGUCUUGUCCUUAAUUCGUUCAAAUUAAGCAGU